AUGUCGUACCAAUACAACGCCGUGAGGGUCGAGGUGCGUCACGCCCGUAAUCUUCACGAUACGGAAGUCUUUGGGAAGAUGGACCCGUACUGUGUAGUAAUGCUCGGCCCAGGGAAGAAAUUUAAGACCAGGGUUCAGAAGGACGUAGGAUCGAACCCUACUUGGAACGAGACGGCCAUACUGCAGUACAGUAUGGAGCCGGAGAUGGCCUUUAAAGUGAUGGAUAAGGAAAGCAUUAAGGAUGAUGAUUUUGUAGGCUCGGCUACGGUGAGUAUGGCGGCCGUCGCUUCAAGUGGUCGAUGGUCUGGGGACCUCGCAUUGUACCGCAGUAAGAGUAAACCAGCAGGAUCACUUACAGUAUCGAUUACUAUGCUGCCUGAAGUAUCGCCACCGAUGAUGGGUGGUGCUCCUCCAGUAGUGACAGCGACGGUUAUGGGUACCGCUCCUCCGCCUCCACCCAUGAUGAUGCAACAGCAGCCG